GGAGAGAAGGAAAAUAAAUGGGCAAAUACGGCUUUUCUAAAAAUGAGUUGAUAAAGCCAAAAGAAUAGAUUACUUGUUGGAGACAGAAUGAAGAGAAAUAAUUGUUUCAGACGUUGUCAUAACUUGCCAUUAAAAUACCAUUGUUCUUUUCAUAAAAAUGUCGAUUUCUAAAGUAACAUGACUUUUUACGCCACUUCCUGCCAAAGACAAACAAAAACUUCAACCCCAAAUACUCCCAGUAUUAUGUGGCACUUGUAUACAAAUGAAAUAUUCUCAUUUGGGUACACAGUUGCUAAGUCAAAGUCAAAUGUGUGGCAUUAGAUUAUGGCAAUCUGGAACGGUUUGAAGUGGACUGUAUCUAAACAUUACUUUUGAUUAUCAAGCCAUAUCUUUUCACUAUAUUGUCCGCAGGACAGAAAGAUGAAACUUUGUCUGAUUUUUGCAAGUAGUGGGUGUGAGAAGACACAGUUGUCAUGUAUGCAUCCUUUACACUUAAUGUGGUUUCUUCCACCUUCCACAUAGGCACGUUUUUACUUCUCCCUUAAUGGGUUGGGUGCAUACGCUUGUGAAUGAAUGUUGUGCUAUUUUUCAUUGCAUUGGCUAUGAAAUCCACUGAAAGAAAAUAGGAAGGAAAUGAUUUUUUUAUGCAAAUAUUCCACUGCUGUACAUACAAUCUUUUAAGGGAGGGAGAAGGGGGAAGAAACUUGUUCUGAUAAGUCAAGACUUGUUUUUAGUUUAUGGUCUGUGUGAUGGAAACCCACAGUUACCUGCUGCUAAGAAGUGAACUUCGAGCAACAGAGUAGUAAUAACUUCAGAUUGCCUAAAGGUGUAUUAUGGUACUGUUGCAUUUAUUCCACUUAAUAACAUUAUAUGUUUUCCCUUAACAGUUCUCUGUUUGUGUAUAGAUGUUUCCCAAGUAUUUGUCCUGUAUAUAUAAAUUUCUAGUUUGGGAAGAGGAAGUUAGUUAUUUUCACAGGUUUGUAAGAAAGCCUCUUGGUUUAAAUAUACUCAUUAAAGGAAUUGUCUCUUUUAUAAGAGGAACUUUAAGUUUGGAGGAAAAGAAAAAAAAAAGAGUGGGGGGGUCAGGAAUUGAACUGGAACAGCUGUAGCAAUAGAGUCCUUGUAAGGCAGCAUCCAGUAUAAGACCUUGCGUGCACACACGUGUGUGGUUUUAAUUAGUGGAAAUACUUGAGGCGUCCUGCUGCCGCAAGUUUACAUUCCCAGUAUUUGUUUCUGAACUGUGAAAUGCAGAGAGAUAAGCUAUGCUUUCAUCUGAAGAAAAGCUAACUGGUGUAGCUGCCCUCAUGUCCAUUUCUCAGGUAAAAUUAGAAAUAGAGCACAAAUACAUUUGGUAGGCUACGGACAAUCUCUCAGUUGAAGGGCAGAUGGAUUAACUAUACAAAAUAUGCAUAUCAGCAUCUCUUAAGCUAAUCAUUUGCAUCACGUUUGAAGUUCACAGUGAAGAAUGCAAGGCUGAAUUGAGACUCCAAGAGAAAUGCCUAAAACUUAUAUCACCUCUGCUCCCAUCCUGCAUGGUUAAUGUGAAAUACCCAGAAAAUAAGGAUUUACUGCUGUCUUUUCUAAAGCUGCAAAAUGUGUGUCCUCUCCUGGAUUAUUGUAAGGCUUAUAGUUCAAUUUUAACCCAAUACCUAGGAAGCAGAGGUAGGGAGUUUCAGAGAGCAACUGGUAACAUGGAUUGCACCUCGGAAGGGGACAGCUGAACUCUCCCUCUGGCUUUAGUGAGGAAAGAGCAGCGAUGAAAUCCGUGGACUGUGUGCACGUCAUCCAACAGAAGGAUACCGCCUCCUCUCCCUCUGCCCCCCCUGGUGCUGCUUCAGGCACCGCGGGACUUUUUUCUGUCACAUUCCUGUGGCUUGCAAUGCUCCUGUCCUCUUGUCUUGCAGCAGUGUCUCUUUACCAUGUUAUCGCCCUGAAAACAGAACUAGAAGCUCUGCGCAGCAAGCUGAUCUACAGGGUCCAGGCAAGGUCUCCGCUAGACCAGCCACCCGUGUCCUCUGAUGAAAAUAAAGCGGGUACCCCUGUUUCUUCCUUCCUGCAAGCGUCUGCAGCUGGCGCCGGGCAGGAGAACAGGCUGCCUGGCCCUGGCCCAGCUGAAAGCUUCCAAAAGGAAAUAUGGAAUGGGAGCAGAAACAGGGGAAGAAGGUCUGUUGUGCACGCAGAAGAAACAGUGCUGCAGGCCUGUUUGCAACUGAUUGCUGACAGCAAAAGUGACAUCCAACAGAAAGAUGAUUCAAGCAUUGUCCCUUGGCUUCUGAGCUUUAAACGUGGAACAGCUCUGGAAGAACAAGGAAAUAAAAUAGUGAUCAAAGAAACAGGAUAUUUUUUCAUAUAUGGCCAGGUUUUAUAUACUGAUACAACAUUUGCUAUGGGACAUCUAAUACAGAGGAAGAAGGCCCAUGUGUUUGGUGAUGAUCUCAGCUUGGUGACAUUGUUUCGCUGCAUCCAAAAUAUGCCACAGUCUUAUCCGAAUAAUUCUUGCUAUACUGCUGGCAUUGCAAAAUUAGAAGAAGGGGAUGAACUUCAACUUACAAUACCACGCAGAAGGGCCAAAAUAUCCUUGGAUGGAGAUGGUACUUUUUUUGGUGCAGUUAGACUCCUCUGAAGCCCUUCAUUUCUGUUAUUAUGCUUAAUGCAGUUUUCUUUUCCUAUGCCUUUGUCAGAAAAAAAUAUUCAAUUGUAAUAAAGAUGCCAAUUCAGUCUCUCCCCAUCCACCACUAGCUUCUGAGAACUUUUCUUCGGUUUAAUAAGCAAACCCAAAACAGGAAACACACCAGACAUACUUGUGAGAUAUAACCAUCAUGUGACUACCAGAAAGCCAAUUUGUUUUAGACAGUGGGAGACUCUAAAUAACAACUGUAAAGCAAUGGCUUUUGGCUUUAAAACAAUUUCUUGUCCAUAAGGCAAAUCAAAGGAGUUGACCAUAAAGUAUAGCAUAAACAAGACCAUUGACUAUCAAAUUAUUAUCCAUAAUUGAAAAGAAAAACUAAAAUACAAGUACAUCUUAGAUUUGCUUUGUUUCAUCAAUAAAAUAUUUGAAGUACGAGGUAUGGGGAAGAAACAUCAAACAGUAGAUUCUUCAUCACAAAAUUGAGGUGUCAGGUGGGUUCUGCGUUUUUUUGUUUUUUUCUUUGACACCAAGAUUUUGGGGGAGGAAAAAGUCUAAAUGUAUGGGAUAAUGAAAACAAACUCCUCAGAAAUAUACAGAAUAGUAGCCACUGGCUUGCUUCUUCCCUGUAAACAAAAGGUGUAUAAGUUACUAAAAUCUAUUAGUAUUUACUAAUUAGAAUGAAUUUUACUGGGAAAAGAACAUGUAAGAUGUUUCAACAGCUCGAUCUUCAAAGCAUUGCUACUCAUCAAGGAAUAUGUGUAUACUUCUAUGUAAGCAAGGCAGGGAUAGAAAGAAACAGUGAGGUUAGAUACAAUACAGUAAGUGGAAUUGGAUUUCUGGCUUCGUAAUGUCUGCAGUCAUAUAUAGAUGUUGUGUGUAUAUACAUAUACACAGUAUAUAUAUGUAUAUAUAUGAAAGUACGUACACACAUCCAUAAGCCUUUGACAUUUGGGCAUAGAAUUUUAUCUUCUUUUGAAUAGUUUAUCCAAUGGAAAUAUUACUGCAUACAUAUUUUUUGUAUUUCUCUUGCUUUUUGCUAUGAUCCAUUCUAUGCAAUACAGUAAAAAGAAAAAUCCAAUAAACCUGGAACCAGCCAUACAACUAAGAAAGUACAUUUGUAUCCCAGAUAUCUAGGCUCAGUCCCCAAGUUAACUAUAGGCUUUUUCUGCAGUUUUGAAUAUAUUGCUCAACUCUGUUUUACAAAAAAAACCAGACCUGUAGAAAGGCUAAACAGAUGUCUUUUUUUCUUUUCUUUUGUCUGUCUGCUUUGUUCAGUAGAUAAGAUUUAUGUGUUUUUAACCCCAAGAAUCUGUGUGUAUUGUGUGGUCAAGGUAAUAGCGUGGUAAUAGUGUGGUCAAGGCUUCUAGGAGCUAUUGUAAUACAAACAUUGAAUACUUAUCCACUGAUCUUCAAAGAAGUAUUGAAGUGCUACUGGAAUAGAUAAGAUAAUAAAACCGACAGUAAUGAAUUGUACUUAAUUUGAAAAUAUUUUUUAGGGGUUGAGAAUUGUGUCAUAUAAGCUCAUUUAGUAAAGAAAAGAUGCUUUGUA